UUAUUGAUAAAACGUUUCCAGCACAACGAAACGAGUUUCAAAGUUUGAAAAUUUUCUAUUUAUUUAUUGAAAUAAAUUCGUUGAACGCCAAUUUUGGCUAAUUGCAAAAAUCAAAAAAAUAAAAUAAUACCUCAAUAUGUAUAAGGACAAAAUGGUGAAGAACGACUCCUUCGAGCCGGAUCUGCGCAAGGAGGGCACCUACAUCUGCCCCAUGCCGCAGCCCCCGCCGGCGCCGAGGGGCGCCCAGAACUGGCACGGCCAUCUGGCGCCGCACGAGCGUCUCUUCUACCAUCAGACGAUGAGCUCGGUGCGCUAUAGCAAACGUUUUCGCGGCAAUGUGAACAUACCCAAGGAUUCGCUGGACUUUCAGCUGCAGGCGCGCUACGAUCACGGCCGUGAAACGUUUCCGGAGAAGAUUGAUGCUGUGCUGCAGCGUGACACCUGCCCGGCGCUGACCAGCUGGGCGGCACCACACGGCCAGAAGGAGGUGGGCGCCAUUUCACGCUUGAAUCUGUUUCGUGUGCUGCGCAAUACGCGCGUUGCGCGCCUUAAAAUGGAGGAUGCACUGGGUCAUCCAUUGAAUAUAGGUGGCAUCAAGGAGAAGAUACAUCCGUCGAGCGUCAAGCUGAUCUGCAGCGGUGUCCAUACGCAGCUGGUGAACAACGGCUUCUCCCGCCAGACAUCCGAUGGCAACUUCUUCCGCUAUUAAACGAGCCACGCCCCCUUUUCACAUGCCUCCUUUUUCAGUAGAGAAGUGUUCUUUUUUUUUUUUUUUUUGGUGGUUUGUUUUACAGAAUUGUUGGAAAGACGCAAUAAAAAUUGACAGAGCAACAGAACGAAAGCGGAUCACGCAAGCGGCGACAGCUUGGGCUGCUUGGCCGGGAGCAGCUGCUGCUGCUGCUGCUCCUCCGUCUCCUGCUCCGGCUCCUCCUGCGCCUGCUCCUGCUGUGCCGUUUUCUGACGUUGCUUUUUGUUCUGGUUACGAUA